CUAACCCUGCCGUCAAACUAUCCGUUCACGUGAGGCCAAUCUCGUUACCGCGAACUAAACUUCGUUACCGUUUCCGUCAAUGGCUCCUCAACUUUUCUCCCCUAAAAAAUUUCCAACUCCAUUUUCACUCAGCUGGAUGCUUCGGAUAUUGUUAACGGUUGAGCUGAAGCCUGUGAUUUUCUGGUAUCGUGGAGGUUGUAUUGAUGCACAUUUAUUCCUUCUGAAUUAGGAGUCAUGGAGGUUGCAUGUAGCCUAUCAUCUACAAAUGUAAUUUAUGGAGGUGAAAUUGCAAGUUGCAGGGCAGUGGAGUGCUUGAAUUUUUCAGCAAGUUUGGGGCAUCGAGGUUUUCACUAUAAAUCGUUUGGAGAUUCAAGACUUGUCUUGGUAGCAAAUUCACCAAAGAAGUUGAAGAAGAAGAAGAGUUUUUACUGUGCCAGUACUGACAUUCCAAGAGUUUCUAGUGAAGGGAAUUUUCUCUUGUGGAGUUUUAGCUUUAAUAACUCUUCCAUUUAUAACAUCAGUGAUUUCAAAAUUUUGAAGCAUGUGGGACUGUCAUAUUGUCAGGGAAAUGAUUCAGUAGCUUAUAUAAAUGGAAAUAGUGGAGAUGUAGAAAGUAGAAACGAUGACAUUAGCCUUGACUCUAGUGCCUCCAUUGAGCAAUCAGGGGAGGCAAAAGGAGAAUUUGGGUCUCCUAGUUUGGAUGAAUUAAGAGAUUUAUUGCAGAAAGCACUGAAAGAUUUGGAAAUUGCACGACAUAACAGUACAGUAUAUGAGGAAAAAGCCCAGAGGAUAUCAGAAGCUGCAAUAGCUUUGAAUGAUGAGGCUACAAACGCUUGGGUUGACGUAAAUGAUGCCCUCCAGAACAUCCAAGAGAUAAUAAAUGAAGAGGCUAUUGUUCAAGAAGGUGUCCAGAAGGCUGCAUUGGCUCUUUCUUUUGCUGAAGCAAGACUCCAAGUGCUCUUGGAUUCAAUGGAAAUUGAUACAGAAAACAACAGGUUACCUAAUGUAAAAGAAAUCAAUUUUGGAGAUGGUGGAGCUAAAGAAUUUAAUCAAGAGGAAGCACUCUUGGCAGCUCAAGAGGACAUACAAGAGUGCAAAAAUCAUUUAGCAAAUUGUGAGGCUGAGCUAAAAAGGGUUCAAAAUAGAAAAGCUGAGGUGCAAAAGGAAGUAGAUAGGUUGAAUAAGCUAGCAGAACAAGCUCAAGUCAAUGCUUCGAAAGCAGAGGAAGAAGUAGCCAAUAUAAUGCUUUUAGCAGAGCAAGCUGUUGCGUAUGAACUUCUGGCUGCACAGUGUGUUGAUGAUGCUGAGAUUGCACUGCAGAGGGCAGAGAAGAACCUUGCCCUUCCAAAUAUCAAUAUUAUAGAUCCUACGGUUGAGGGAACUAUCUCGACAGAGGUAUCUCAAGUAAUUUCUGCAGAUGGUGCUGUUGAGGGAGACUUGAAUCUUCCACUUGAGGUUGCAGAAGUACUUGAAACAUUUCCAGAUGCCCAGUUGGAGGAACAAAGUUUCCUGGAUGAUAGUGACAAAGAGAAUGGAAAAUUAAGUUUAUCUAAGGAUGCUGAAACUGAGCCUGAGAAACUAAAAACUAUACACAGCAAGGUACAGGAAACGCAGAAAGAAUCAACAAGGGAUGGUUCUCCUUUAAAUGCUCCAAAAGCAUUUAUAAAGAAAUCAUCUCGGUUCUUUUCGGCUUCUUUUUUCUCUUUUGAUGCAGAUGAGGAAGAGUUCUCACCAGCUUCAGUUUUCCGUGGUCUUGUGGAGUCUGCUAGGAAGCAAUGGCUAAAGCUGAUAUUUGGGUCAAUACUUGUUGGAGCAGGAAUUGCCUAUUAUAACCAUCGUGGUGAAAAGAUAGCUCAGUUUUUUCAGCAGCCAGACAUCAGUACCACUAGUAUUGGUGAAGUAUCAACUACUACAAGACCUUUGGUCAGAAAUAUAAGAAAUCUUCCCAAUAAAUUAAAGAAACUAAUGGAGUUGCUUCCUCAUCAAGAGAUAAAUGAGGAGGAAGCUUCCCUGUUUGAUAUGUUAUGGUUGCUACUUGCAAGUGUUAUAUUUGUGCCUAUUUUCCAAAAAAUUCCUGGAGGCAGCCCUGUUCUUGGAUAUUUGGCUGCUGGGAUCUUAAUUGGACCUUAUGGUCUCUCAAUUAUACGUAAUGUUCAUGAAACUAAGGCAAUAGCAGAAUUUGGAGUUGUCUUCUUACUGUUUAAUAUCGGCCUUGAGCUCUCUGUUGAGAGACUAAGUUCCAUGAAGAAAUAUGUUUUCGGAUUGGGUUCCGCUCAGGUCUUGGUGACAGCUGUGGCUGUUGGCUUACUUGCUCGUUAUGCUUCUGGGCUGCCUGGUCCGGCUGCAAUUGUCAUUGGCAAUGGCCUUGCUUUGUCUUCGACUGCUGUAGUCCUUCAGGUAUUGCAGGAACGUGGGGAGAGCACAUCACGCCAUGGGCGUGCAACAUUUUCUGUAUUACUCUUCCAGGAUUUGGCUGUGGUGGUUUUGCUUAUAUUGAUACCCCUUAUUUCACCGACAUCAUCCAAAGGAGGGGUUGGUUUCCAGGCCAUUGCAGAAGCUCUUGGGGUGGCUGCUGUUAAGGCAGUUGUUGCCAUCUCUGUCAUAAUAGCUGGAGGACGCCUGCUGCUUCGCCCAAUCUAUAAACAAAUUGCGGAGAAUCAAAAUGCAGAAAUAUUUUCGGCAAAUACUCUUUUCGUUAUCUUGGGGACUAGUCUUCUAACUGCCAGGGCUGGUCUUUCCAUGGCUUUAGGAGCAUUCUUAGCAGGCUUGCUACUAGCAGAAACAGAAUUCUCUUUGCAGGUUGAAUCUGAUAUUGCUCCAUACCGCGGACUUCUCUUAGGUCUCUUCUUCAUGACGGUCGGAAUGUCCAUUGAUCCAAAACUUCUACUAUCGAACUUCCCGGUUAUUACAGGAACAUUAGCUCUUCUAAUUGCUGGGAAAACCAUCGUGGUUGCAAUUAUUGGUAAACUUUUUGGCCUCUCAAUCGUAUCAGCAGUAAGAGUUGGUCUCCUACUAGCACCUGGUGGAGAAUUUGCAUUUGUAGCUUUUGGUGAAGCUGUCAAUCAGGGUAUAAUGUCUUCACAGUUGUCGUCUUUGCUGUUUCUCGUGGUUGGGAUAUCAAUGGCCUUAACUCCUUGGUUAGCUGCCGGAGGCCAAUUUAUAGCCUCUCGCUUUGAGCAGCAUGAUGUUCGAAGUCUAUUGCCUGUGGAAAGUGAGACCGAUGACUUGCAAGAUCACAUUAUUUUAUGCGGUUUUGGACGUGUUGGCGAGAUUAUUGCCCAGCUUCUUUCUGAAAGGUUGAUUCCAUUUGUUGCACUUGAUGUCAAUAGCGAUCGAGUUGCAUAUGGACGCGCACUUGACCUUCCUGUUUACUUUGGUGAUGCCGGUAGCCGUGAGGUCCUCCAUAAAAUUGGUGCUGAAAGAGCAUGUGCUGCAGCGAUAACCUUAGAUAGCCCAGGAGCAAAUUAUAGAACUGUUUGGGCUUUGAGCAAGUAUUUUCCCAAUGUGAAAACAUUUGUCCGUGCUCACGAUGUCGAUCAUGGAGUCAACUUGGAAAAAGCUGGUGCAACGGCGGUUGUGCCUGAGACGUUGGAACCCAGUUUGCAGUUAGCAGCUGCUGUCCUUGCACAAGCAAAGUUGCCCGCCUCAGAGAUAGCAGCUACGAUUAACGAGUUUAGAUCCCACCACCUCUCCGAGCUAACAGAGCUUUGUGAAACCAGUGGAAGCUCUCUUGGUUAUGGAUAUUCCAAAACGAAGAGUAAACCUAAAUCUCAGCCCUCUGACUCUUCAGAUGAAAACCAAAUCCCUGAAGGGUCGCUGCCGGUAUGAUCAGAGGAGGGGUUUCUUAUGUUCCCUCCCAUAGGUAAAAAUAGCAUUUGCAGAUUAAUUCUUUACCCAUCAUCUGUAAUAAUACUCAUGAAAAAUAUUGAAAAUACAAAAUUUGGUGACUCUUGAAUGGAAUUCAUAGCUAUGAGAGCUUGGGAAA